ACACUGUAUAAUUUGAUGGAUUAGCUGAAUUCCCAUUUAACAGAAUGAAUUUAGGAACAAUUAUACUGCAGCUUUGGAUUUAAAUAUAUCUUUUACAGGCAGUAGAUAUUUUCUACAUUUUUACACAUUGAUAAUCAGGGACAUUUUAGUUCUUUUCACGUCUGAAAUAUACUACUCUUGUCUUUUAUGAAUUGAUGUUUGGUGGUCAGGACUCUACCUUUUCUGCUUCUCUGAAAAAAUGAACAUUUGCUCCUGUGAUUUCUCAUGUCAGUUAUAUAAUAACUGUAUGGCCUGAUAAACACCUGUGGACUGCGAUAACAGCUAACAUUUAAUUGUGAUUCUGGGAUGUACAAUCUCAAAUGAGUUACAGUUACUGGCAAUGAUGAAUUCUCAUUCACUGAAAAUAGAAUGGCGCUUUCUUCCAACUGUACUUGAGAAUAAUCAAAGCAACUUGUGAGGUGUUUUAUUUUGAAGGUCGCGACCGGACGUCGCGUAUGUUUGGAUAUUCCAAUCAGCUUUAAUGCCGCCCCCACCUCAGAGUGAAAGUUGUCUCCUCCUGGAGAAUCAGUGAUUCGGGACUCGCCAGUUUCCACCGCCGCUGCUUCGCACGCUUUCUCCCGGAGAGAUGAGGCGGAAAGAGAAGAGGCUGCUGCAGUUCGCCGGGCUGCUCAUAGCGGCUCUUCUUUUCCUCCCCAACGUCGGGCUGUGGUCUUUGUACAGGGACCGAGUGUUCGACAACUCGCCCGACACGGUGGACGGUCCGGGCGGCAUACCCCCGAUACAGUUGAACCAGAUGAGAAAGGUCGCCCAGGUGGGACUCGACGGCGUGCGGCGCACAGAUUGGCACGACUACGAAGCGAUGAGGAGAGACGCUGCUCGCUUUGGUAAUGGUGAACAGGGGAAGCCGUUCCCUCUGACUGAAACUGACCAGGUCGACCAGGCGUACAGGGAGAACGGCUUCAACAUUUACGUCAGCGACCGGAUCUCCCUCAACCGCUCCCUCCCUGACAUCCGCCAUGAAAACUGUAAACAGAAGCUGUAUGCAGAGAAGCUUCCCAACACCAGCAUCAUCAUCCCGUUCCAUAACGAGGGCUGGUCGUCACUGCUGAGGACUGUUCACAGCGUGCUCAACCGCUCUCCUCCGCAGCUCAUCGCAGAGGUCAUCCUGGUCGACGACUUCAGCGACAAAGAGCACCUAAAGGUGGCACUAGAGGAGUACAUGAAGCGGAUGCCGAAGGUUCGCAUCCUGAGGACCAAGAAGAGGGAGGGGCUGAUCAGGACUCGCUUGCUGGGAGCCGCAGCUGCUAAAGGAGAAGUCAUCACCUUCCUGGACUCUCACUGUGAGGCUAACGUCAACUGGCUGCCUCCACUGCUGGACCGAAUCGCCCAGAACAGGAAGACCAUUGUGUGCCCAAUGAUUGACGUGAUCGACCAUGACAACUUUGGCUAUGACACGCAGGCGGGGGACGCCAUGCGAGGAGCGUUUGACUGGGAGAUGUAUUACAAACGAAUUCCCAUUCCCCCGGAGCUGCAGAGGGACGACCCCAGUCAACCAUUUGAGUCACCAGUGAUGGCAGGGGGACUGUUUGCUGUGGACAGGAAGUGGUUCUGGGAGCUGGGAGGAUAUGACACGGGUCUGGAGAUCUGGGGAGGAGAGCAGUAUGAGAUCUCCUUCAAGGUGUGGAUGUGUGGUGGUCGGAUGGAGGACAUCCCUUGCUCCAGGGUAGGACACAUCUAUAGGAAGUACGUCCCCUACAAGGUCCCCGGUGGGAUCAGCUUGGCAAAGAACCUAAAGCGUGUGGCAGAGGUGUGGAUGGAUGAAUAUGCCGAGUAUGUCUACCAGCGUCGGCCCGAGUACCGCCACCUGUCAGCGGGAGACAUGACGGCGCAGAAGGAGCUGAGGAACCGGCUCAACUGCAAGAGCUUCAAGUGGUUCAUGAGCGAGGUGGCCUGGGAUCUGCCCAAACACUACCCACCGGUGGAGCCUCCUGCUGCUGCGUGGGGAGAGAUAAGGAACGUGGGUAGCGACAUGUGUAUGGAAAUCAAACACUUUGUGUCUGGGAGCCCCAUUCGCCUGGAGAGCUGUGUGAAAGGCCGGGGUGAGGUGGGCUGGAGUCACGGACAGGUGCUGACAUUUGGUUGGAGGGAGGAUAUCCGGGUGGGAGACCCCAUGCACACAAGGAAGGUUUGCUUUGAUGCAGUCUCCCACAACAGCCCCGUCACCCUGUACGACUGUCACGGCAUGAAGGGGAACCAGCUGUGGCGCUACAGGAAGGAUAAGAGUCUGUAUCACCCCGUCAGUAACAGCUGCAUCGACAGCAGCCCCAACGAGCGGCGAGUCUUCAUGAACACGUGCGACCCCUCCUCCCCCAGCCAGCAGUGGCUGUUUGAGAGAACCAACGCCACCGUGCUGGAGCACUUCAACCAGGGCGCCAACUGAGGGCUCUGGACAGUGAGAUGAGACGUCUUCCAAAGAAAAAUCAUGGAACAAUGAUCACAUUUGAUCAGAUGAGAGUGGAAACUACAAAUGAACAACAUGCUGCUUUAGAAACAUUCCCCGUGGUGAAGCAGUGAUCCAGUGCAGUGGCUGAGAGCUCAGAGUACUGGUCAGACCACUCACAAGAACAUCCACAAUCCAAUCCUACAGCUUGAACUUGUGAUGAGGAAGGAGGGUGGGAGAACAAUGGUGAAACCUGAUUGUCCAGUGGAAACCUCUAGAAUUUACAAGAGAAAAACAUCUGCACAGAUGCUCCUUUCUUUCAUUGCUGGUUUGAUCUGUCAAACACAGACUGGAUUUAAUGGAUGAUCUUUUCUUUUGCCUCUUUUAACCUUGCCUUUUUCUAUUGUUGCCUUAAGAAUUUCCAACAACGGACUGAGUCUGCUCUUUGUUUUCAUUUGUGGUACCAAAACACUUUUUAAAAAGAUCUUAAUCAACAUGAACUGUGAAAAAGCAUCAAACAUAUUUUGAACAGUUAUUCCAGCGCAGUGUGCCGAUGCACUGUGAGAAUUUGUGUUUUUUCAGAGGAACAUCUUGUACAGACUCAUCUUGAAAAUGCAAAUAUUUUUCUACUGCAUAAUAAAGCAACAAAAU